AUGUGGUCUGGCAAAGGGACGAAUUCCAUUCCAUAUAGAAGUGUCUACGGGCCUCUUAUAUCAGCAAUUUCAGUGACACCGAGUACGCACAGAAAUAUGUGUUCUGCUUUCCUAUUAUUAACUGAUUGGUUGAUUCUAAUUAUGUUUUUCGUUGUAGAUUUCACACCCCGUGUGUUCAAGGACAAAAAUUUUCCAGUUGCCUCUAUCGUUGGAAUUGCUGGUGCGUCAACUUUUUUAGUGUUGAUGGUGAUUUUGGGUAUAAUAUGGUUUUACCUGAGAAGGAAAGCUAUUGAGAACGAUGGUAAGAUGCCAUUUGAAUUUACCUGCUAAUAUGUCUAGUACACAAAUCCUUAUGAAUGCGUUGAAUGACAUCUGCACGUAUCUUAUCUUGACUGUUAAUUUGCAUGUCUUGUAUCUAGAGAAAGGAAUUGAAAGUACCCUUGCUUGCUUGUGCUAUCUAUUCUUCUAUAAAUAUGAGCAGUAGAGGAGUUCUCAGAUUUGGUGAGAGCACAGCCAAAUCUGAACUUUCAUAUUCUUUGCUCCCACUACGUAUGUGUCUUCUACCUUGAGCAGUUGAAAAUAAAGUAGGGAAGGUUUCUUCAGUUUUCUUUUUCCUUUUUGCAACUUUUAGGGUUACCAACUGUACUUGACGAGAAAACGAAGAGCUUGGUGUUGAGUUUCGAGUCCUUGUAAUGGUAUUUCGAUAAUAUGUAGAUAUCAUGAAAUAGUGAUAUCAUGAUAUCCUUCUCAAUGAACCAGGCUUGCUAACUCUCAUGUAGAUUAGGUCUAUAGGUGAAACAUCUUGCGUGCUGUAAAGUUAAAUCAUUGACGGAAAGGUCUAGACCUGGUUAGAGCCAGACCUCCCCCCAAACAGAUUGGUGUUCGUAGGGCUCUUGCCCUAUUGCCUCCUUUAUGCACAAUCCUAGUUUUGACGUAAAGAGUAGACUAUCUGUCUUUCUUUUGGUAGUUGACCCAGCAGAUGUUUAUGCUUUAAGCAAUGGGACAAAGGGGUAGUCAUCAAAUGGUCUGCAUUUGUGGGAGUGAGGAACAUUUUUUCUGAAGACUACUUGAGUAGCAAAAACUAUACGUAGCCAUGUAUUGAGUAUACUUGAUGAAGCUGAAAGAACAAGCAUAGACUUGCGACAAUCUAUUUACUUUUGAAGUGUUGCCUGCGAUCUACAUUCUGAGCUUUAUUAGACGUUUUCUAUAAAUCCAAAUAGUAUCCUCUAGUGUUGAUUUUUUUUGUUAUACAUUGAUGGCGUGUAUCUUAAACUUCGCGCAGAACUCAAAGAUUUGGAGUUGCAUACAAACCGUUAUAGUUUGAAGCAAAUUAAAGCUGCCACUAGGAACUUCGACCCUGAAAACAAGAUUGGUGAAGGCGGAUUUGGUCCGGUUUACAAGGUUAACCAUACAGUCAUGGGUUCAUUCGCUUUCACUUUAUGUCCGAAAUUUUAGUCCUCGUGUAAUAUUGAGAGCCAAAUAAUAAUACACGCAUGCUGAAAACUUUCAGGGAGUUCUUCCGGAUGGCUCUAUGAUCGCGGUGAAGCAGCUUUCAUCCAAGUCAAAGCAAGGAAACCGGGAAUUUGUGAAUGAGAUAGGCAUGAUAUCAGCCCUAGAACACCCAAACCUCGUAAGACUUUUCGGGUGCUGCAUUGAAGGGAAUCAGUUGCUCCUAAUAUAUGAAUACAUGGAAAAUAACAGCCUUGCCCGAGCCCUAUUCGGUAAUCAUAUUACGGUUUUGCGUUCCUUGAACCUUGUGCCCGCCACUUUUUAGGAUUUCCCUUGUCUGAUUCAUUGCGUGCGGCUAUUGGCAGUAUGGCGUGAAUGUAACAAUCACGGUGUUGACAGGUCCCGAACGGUUAAAGUUGAAACUGGAUUGGCAUACGAGGCGCAAAAUUUGCAUAGGAAUAGCAAGGGGUUUGACCUACCUUCACGAAGAGUCGAGGCUAAAGGUAGUUCAUAGAGACAUCAAAACGACGAAUGUCCUUCUUGAUAAGGACCUGAACGCAAAGAUAUCGGACUUCGGACUGGCUAAACUCGACGAAGAGGAGAAUACACAUAUCAGCACCCGGAUAGCAGGGACCAUGUAAGCGAACUCUGCUUCUGAUCUGAUGUAAUUCGAGGUGCAGCCCUUCAUCGUCUUGAUAACUGUUGACACUUGCGCCUUAUAAAACUGGUAAUAUCGUUUCGAUGAUAUUAAUCAUUGCUUUCUGGUUCGAACCAACGCGUAGCUUUCUUUUGUUUAAGUAAUUAUGGUCAUUUUGACAAGUUAGUUUCAAGAAUGUCUCAUUUAAUAUACUUUUCUUUGUAACUUAUUUUCGUUCCACUUGUUCCUGCCUUCAAAUGUUAUUUCAUGAUCAAGGAAGUUUUGAGGUUAUUUCCUCCGACAUAUCCUUUUAUUUGUGCUUCUACGUAGGCCAUCCCAUCUCAGCAAUUGGUUUUUGUCAUAUGAAUGAAGGUGACAGCAGUGGAGAAGCUCUAAUUGCUGGUUUAUUUAAAUAUGAUGAAGAGAAAAAAGUCCAGUUUGGUCUGGUGGUGCUCUCUCUUAUCCUGACAAGGAUUUUUCCUGUUUCGCUCCAGGGGUUAUAUGGCUCCUGAAUAUGCCAUGAGGGGUUACCUGACGGACAAAGCAGAUGUUUACAGCUUUGGUGUGGUCACAUUGGAGAUUGUGAGUGGAAAGAGUAACGCCAACUGUCGCGUCGAAGAUGACUUCAUCUACCUUCUCGAUUGGGUAUGCCACCUUCGGGCAUUUCGAUGUACAUUUCAGGCUCAAGAUUUCUUUGUAAUGGGUUUUGCAUUUUUCUCAGGCCAAUAUCCUGCAGGAGAAGGGUGCCCUCCUCGAGCUGGUGGACCCCGCCCUGGGCACCAACUUCUCCAUUGAGGAAGCGCAGCAGAUGCUGAACCUAGGCCUCCUGUGCACCAACUCUACCCCGGCCCUUCGGCCUUCUAUGUCCACUGUGGUUGCCAUGCUCGAGGACCACACGCCCAUUGAACUCCCGACCAUGAAGAUCUUCCGGACGGGGAGCUCGGAGGUGAUCUUCAGGUCAUCCGAUCAUAGCAAGGCCGUGUCCAUGGACGGGCAGUGGGCAGAUUCCACGUUAUCUAUGCAGAGCAGCAACAGAGGACCCGACCACUUCCACUCCACCGCAACCCGGCUCCUCAGUGACUACACGGAUUCUCAGUGA